AUGCUAUUCAAAAUAAAGGUUGGAUUAGUGAAAUUGAAAGAGGGGAGGAAGAAAAUAAUUAAUAUUUAUUGUUUGCUUUCUAAAAAAAUAAAGAAUUUCUUAAUAAAAUAAACAAUUUUCAUAGAAAUUUGUUUUUUAAGGUUUGAACAUAUAUUGGUUGUUUGUUUUUUAUUAAGUAGGGUAAUAAAAAUAAAGAAAGAAGACAGCAAGUAAACAAGUAAUAAUAUUAAGGCUAAGUAUUAAAGUAAAUAAAUCAACUAAAGAAUAAGGAUUUUUGUCUUUUUCUUAGUCGAUAGCUCAUAACACAAUUUAAAUUUUAAGUUAAGUAGCCUUAAGAAAGUGCACACUGAGCAUUUUUUUAUAGAAAAUACUAGACAAGCAACAAUAAAUAGCUUACAAAAAAAUAGCACAUAAUUUACAUAAUCAAUAAUUAGGGAGUUUUAUUAUACUGAUUUAUACGAGUUUAUGAGCUCUCCUAAAAAUACAAAGUAAGAAGAAAUGUCACCUUCAUCCAAAACUUUAUUAGAUAUUGAAGAAACUAUGCCUUAGUCAAUUAAUAAAAUUCAUAAUAUUGAUGGUAGUAAUACUUAAAAUUAGGCUCAUAAUUCCUAGUUUUCGAAGAGUACUUCGAUUUCAAAUACAGAUAGCAUAAUGGAAGGAGAAGCUGUCCCUUCUAAGGCGUAGAAAGAUUCAUAAGAAUAAGUGGUAACUAAAAUACCAGAAAAUAAAUGCAAAGUUAAAGGUCAUAAAAAUGAAGAUUUAUCGUAUAUAUGCACCAUAAAAGGGUGUGAUGAAAUACUCUUGUGCAAAAAGUGUAAACGGAAGCAUUCAAAGGAUCAUUAAAGCAGCAUAAAGCUCCUAGAUGAUUGGUUUAACAACAUGUUUGGAAGAAGAGUUGAAGAUAGUGAUAAUAAUAAGGUUUCUCGUAAGUGUGGAAUGAAUUUAGGUAAACUGUAGGAUCAGCUCAAAACUCUUUAAAGCGAAAUAGAGGCUCGUAAAUAGACUAUUGAAAAGCAAACUUAAUAAUUUAUAGAAAUGAUUACCACAUAUAUAAAAAAGAAGCAUAGUGAAUGCAUAAAAAGACUAGAUGGACAUUACCAAAUGAAGACCCAGCUUCUUGAGGAAUAUUAGCAAACAUAUAAAAAGCUUAAAGGACUUAAUAGAUUCACUAUUUUAGAAAAUCUCAAGAGAUAACACAACCCAAAUUCAGAUCAACCUCCUCUUAUACCCAUUUAAUCCAUCUUAAAAUUCUUAUUGGAAAAUGAAUAGCAAUAUACAGAUUCUUCAUAAAUUGAGAAUCAGCACAAAGGUUUCUCAAAAUUAAUAAGAGACACUGAAAGUUUUGAAUAAUAAAUAAGUAACGAAACUAAGCAGUUCCAGAAACUAUCAUCUACUGAUGAAGGAAAGCCAGACUACUUAAUUCGAGAUUCUCCUGUUAUUUAGCGUAUUUAGGAUUAUAUUGAUUUUCUUUACUUCUUCGAAAAGGGAAUUCCUAAAAAGACACAAUCCUUUUUUAGAUCAGGAACUUUAAAUUUUGAUGAGGAGGACUAUUAAUAAUAAUUAAAUUAGUAAUCAGGAAUUAAUAACCCAACUAGUGCUGCAGGAAUCACAUCUGUCAAUAUGUCUUUUUCAAACCAAUGUCAGCGUAUGUAAUUAAAGCCAAAUAUGUCUUUUAAAAAUUAAACAUUUGUAUCUGGGGAUUCUACAGGUAGGAGAAGGCUAACAGCUGAAGAAGUGUUGAAAUUUUCAAGUUCACGUCAGUAGCUGCAAGGAAAUAUAUUAAAAUAGAUUUAGCAGUAAGACGAAGGAGAUUUUAUAAUUUAGAAAUAGAAAGAAUAGAAAUUACAAAGUUCAGGUAAUAAUGAAGAAGAAGAUGAAGAAAAGGAAGAAAUAGAGUACGAAUGUUUGGUUUAAGAAAACUUUAAUAAUGCACAGUUUAUUGAUUUUAAAAAUGAUUCCAUUAGGGUUUAUGGAGAUUCUAGUUUGUAACUCUAUGAUAUAAAUGGUGGGUUGUUUAAUAAAAAAGAAAAUUUUAAAGCCUAGCAAUAAAUAAUUUCAGGUGAUUAAGAAAUGUAUGAAAUAGGAGCAUUAGAAGAAGUUUAAUUUUAUUAAAUAGAAGUUAGUUAAAAUGGAUUAUUGUAAUAGUAGCAAAAAUAUAGUAAUUAGAGUUUAGUGGAUAGUUAAAAAACAGGUUAGAUGCUAAUUGAAGAUAUAAAUUUAAUGGAUUUAAAUCAAAAUCCUAAUUUUGUUAAUAACAAUCAAUAAAAGAAGUAGCUACCUAUUUUAAUUAUUGGGUUAAAGAGUGAUCCUGCCAAAAUUGAGAUAUGGGAUAUGGAUAGAAAUGAAAAAAUAGUUUAGUAAAUGUAGGCUCACGAUUGCUCUAUUACUUGCAUUUAAGUAUUAGAAGUUAUUCCAAAUAAAUCUAUUUUGUUUGCAGUAGGAAGCUAUGACGGUAUAAUAAAAACAUGGCUUUUUUCAUGUACUUAGCCUGAUGCUAAUGGAUUAGUUUUGGAAGGCAACUAGCAAAUUUAGUUUGAUAAAAAAUAAUGUGUUUAUACUCUUACUCAAUAAUUAACAAUGAAAUCACAUUCAGAUUUUGUUACAUGUAUGAUCAUUUUUAGAAUCAAAGAUGACCCUUUAAAAGAAUACCUCAUAUCUGCUGGAAGUGAUAAAAAAAUAAUUUUAUGGGAUUGGAAGUCUAAUUAAACUGAAUAGGGAUAAAGUGAAGGUGCUGCACCAAACAAUACAUUAUAAUCUUAGGAAAAUAUUAGCACAGAACGUUAAGGAAUGCCUAGUAAUAGUAAUACUGAUACAGAGCCUAAGUAAGAAGAAACAAAGAAAAAACCUAUGUUUUUAAAGAAUAAAAUUAAAAUAAGUUCUUUAAAGAGUUCAUCAAGCUAGGUUAAUAGCAGCAAUAAGGAAAACCAAAAUUCAUUAGCCGCUAAUUUAAAUGAUAAGCUUAAAAAACCCCUAAAAAUAAUGAACAGCGCGCAUUUAGAUAAGAUAAAUUGCCUUGAAAAAUUAGACGAGGGCUUUUUGGCAACAGGUAGCUCAGAUAACACUAUUAAAAUUUGGGAUAUGGACACUUAGUCAGAAUAGAAAGUACUUUAAAAUAAAUAUAUUGUAAAUAACAUUUGUAGACUGAAAAGAGGCACCCUUGUAUGUUCUGCAAAUAAUGUAAAAAUGUCAAUAUACCUAAUAAAUAUAUGGAAUUGGGAGCUUGGAUAGAUAAUAGGUACCAUCAAAGGCCAUACUAAUCGUAUCACUAAGAUAUAAGUUAUUCCAAGUAUUUUUGAAGGAUCGCCUUCUGAUCCCUUCUAUAAUAAAAUUGUAACAUGUGAAAGAAAUAAAGUUAUCAGAGUCUGGAGAUAAUCAAAUGUUGAUUCAGACUAUGGAAGAAGAAUGAAUUCCCAAGAAGAUGAGAUCAACACCUCUCCUUCUUCUAUCAGAUCAUAUCGUGGUUAUUCUUACCCCUAUAGAAAUCCUGCUGAAGAAUUCCUAAAUUACUAUCAUCUUGAAAUGGAUCCAUCUCUUACCCCCAAGCUCAAUAUGGCUCGUGUGGUAUCACAGACAGCAAUCCCUUCUGGUUCAUAUGAUAAGACACCAAUUAGCAAUUUAUUAAGAGGCCCUAAUUUUAAUGGCCAAACAACACCUUCAAAUUCAAAUCUGUAUUUUACUUCUUAACAAAAUUCUUAAGGAGUUCGUCAUUAAUAAUAUCCAUCCUUCUCUUAAUAGAAUAAUUUACUUUAGUAACAAUACAUGUCAUUAACUUAAUAGGUUUAGCAAGUAAAUAGUAUUUAAUCUAUGGUAAGAUAGCAAGGAACAAAUUUCACACCACCUAAAAUUAAUUAAGUUUUCUAGUUUAGUCCAGAUGAUUAAAAUUUAGUCAGUUUUUCUCCUUUAAUUACAUCUGCUCAAAUAAACAAUUUAAACAGUCCUUAAUUAUAGAAACCUUAAACACCUUUAGUUUCACCUUUACAAUUAUCUUCUUAAUAUGUUCAUCAAUAAUUGCAAGGCAAUAUCAACCAAGGAAUACCUUUUGUAUCAGCAGCAGUUGAUUAGAUAAACGGUCCUGUUUGCAAUAAUUGUAACGGUGUGAAUAACUUGUUUUAAUAAUAAACGAAUAUGAAUAAUGACCUGCAAUAAGCUAUUGAUUAGACAAUCAUAUAAAAUGUAAAUAUAAAUAACUCAUAAACAAGUUUUGAGUCAGAAUAAAAAAAUUAAAAUCUAGCUCCUAAUUUAGAUUUAAAUAUUGAUCAAUAAAAGCAAUAGAGUAUACUCGAAUAAGCUUUAAAAGAAUAAAAAUAGAGAUUAAGAACUUACUCAGAAGUUGGAAAUAUGCUUGCUCCUUUAGAGGAGGCUAAUGAAUCAGAAUAUAAUUCGCCUAUAGACAGUCAAAGUAAUAUAAAUCAUUCUUAAGAAAAUGUAGUGUCUUUUUCUAUAGACAAUAGUAAAUUAAAAUAUUCAAGAGAAAAUUCUAAAGAAAUGCAAGAAACAUCUAUUUAUCAGGCAUCUCCUGCCUCAAAAUAUUAUGAAAAAGAAAACGGCUUAAGCAACGAAGAUUAAAAAAUAUUUAAAAACUGUGGUCCAUUUAGCCAAAUACCUGAACGAUCCCCAGGUUCAGAAACGAGCAGUUCGUCUGGUGGAAAUUUAAGUGAUUAAAUUUAGCUAAAUAAAGAGGGAUCAAAUAAUUUUUAAAGUGAUUUUGUUGUUUAAUAAUAACUCAAAAAAAGCUUAUCUGCUUCUCCAAAUGCACCUGAUUAAUUGAGGUUGGAUUUCUGUAGUGACUAAUCAACUAAUGACUCAGCUAAAGACACAUCUGAUAAAAAAGAAUAGAAAAAGCCUUAAAUAAGCUAUUAAAUAAAAUUAAACGGAGUUUAAAAGUAUGGAUCGCUAGAAGUAAAUGGGACAAAUUAUGAUUUAGAAGACACUAAAUAAAAUUCUGCAAACAAUAAUAAUAUCCAAAUUGAAUUCGUCUCACCUUAAACUAAUAAUUCCAAUACUCAAGAAAUAAAAAACAGUAACAAAAAUUAAGAAAACGUGAAUUAAUAAAAUUUAUAAAAUGAAAAUCACGAAUAGCAAAAAUAAGAAUAAUAAGAUAACACUUCAAAUCAAUUAUUACCUCCUGAAGAGAAAAAGUAAAUAAAUUACUCAUAAUCAGCUCCAAGUUCUCCUUCUUUACCUUCAUCUAAUCCUCUAUUAAAGAGUAAAGCAGCAAUGCUCUAAAAAACAAAAAAAUCUUCAAGAAAUAUCUUCCAAAAUUGA